AUGGGUUUAGUGAAAGGCUAUGACACCAGUUCAGAUUCUGAUUCAGACUUUGUUAUAAGCAAAUCCAUUCCUGAAAAAAAAAACUAUGAUCUGCACAAAGAUGCUGCCUGCGAACCGUCACAGCAGAAAAUUUUGAAAAGAAAGUCAUGUUUUACUAAAUCAGAAUUAAAACGAAGACGGAAGACUCGUAAAGGAGAUGGGCCGUGGGGUAGUUGGUCAGAAAGUGACGAUGAAACUUCAGAAGCCAACGAAAUUCAGAUAGAACAACAGGAUAUCCUCACGGACACCUUUGUUGAGGACAAGCAGGAUUUGGAGGUGGAAGAGACAGUAGAGGUUUCUAAUUUUUAUGGCGAAUCGGAAAAGGAUUAUCAAGGUCGAGGAUAUUUGCACACACCGAAUGAUGUCGAUGUUGAUCUCAAUGAGGAAAGAAUAUCUCUCCGAUGUUACUUACCAAAAAAAGUAAUACGUAAUUACCCAGGACAUUUAGGUGGGACAACCGCCUUAAAAUUCCUACCUAAGACUGGUCAUUUGAUGCUUUCUGGUGGAAAUGAUCAUGUUAUAAAAAUUUGGGAUUUUUAUCAUGACCACAAAUGCCUAAGAGAUUUUCAAGGCCAUACAAGACCUAUCAAGGCAUUACGGUUCACUGAUGACUGUCGAUCUUUCCUCAGUUCUUCUUUUGAUAGAUGCGUUAAAAACUGGGAUACCGAAACCGGUAAAGUGAAAACCAAGUUGCGUCUUAAAUCAACACCAGCAGAUGUAGAAUCUCGACCUACUAACCCCCAUGAAUUCAUCGUUGGUUUGACAAAUUCUGAGAUAUUACACUAUGAUGAUCGUGUUUCGGAAAAACAAGGUCUCGUACAGACUUAUGAUCACCACCUAAGUAGUAUCCUAGCCCUAAAGUAUUUUCCUGACGGGUCGAAGUUUAUUUCUUCCUCAGAGGACAAGACCGUAAGAAUUUGGGAAAACCAGAUCAAUGUGCCAAUAAAGCAAAUAAGUGAUACGGCUCAGCAUUCUAUGCCAUUUUUGAAUAUACAUCCGUCUUAUAACUAUUUUUGUGCCCAAAGCAUGGAUAAUAGAAUAUAUUCAUUCAGUUUGAAACCCAAAUAUAAGAGGCAUCCAAAAAAAGUAUUUAAAGGGCAUUCCUCAGCCGGUUACGGAAUAAGCCUAUCGUUCUCUGGUGACGGUCGUUACAUAUGUUCAGGCGAUUCGAAAAGCAGGCUAUUUACAUGGGACUGGAACACAUCGCGCUUAUUAAGUAGUAUCAAGAUUCCAGGUAGUAAGCCUAUAACUCAAGUUGACUGGCAUCCUCAAGAAACAAGUAAAGUUAUUUGCAGCGGAACUGCAGGUAAGAUAUAUGUAUGUGAUUAA